AUGUCAACUUAUCACGAGCCGCUGGCGCUCGUGAUUAUCUCAUCGAUCUCCCUUGGCUUCGCUGCGAUCGUGGCCCUGUGGAUCGCAGGCGACAUCGUCCUCCGUCGAGGUUGGAGAUCAAUGAUGGCAGUGAUGAUCCCGGUCUACAUAAUCAACGCGCUGUACUUAUGGCCCAUUACGCUAUGGACGUAUCUUAAAUACGGCCGACCAGCAGCUCCCGAAGGACAAUCUACAGCGAAAGCCACUGCCGCAGGUGAAGCGGAAGAAGGGAGCGCUGACUCACCAGACGAUUCCCACAGUCAUUUGAGAACCGAGAAUGGUAUGACCCAACAUCAACAUGAUCACCAUCGCCACCAUCACCACCACGACGCCCACGCUGCACAGCGACCCAUGUUCGCCAGCGCCACCAUCGCCGUCUGCCACUGCGGCGCAGGCUGUGUCCUGGGCGACAUUGUGGGCGAAUGGCUCGUAUGGGGCACUGGCGCCACUCUAGGCUUACCACCACGCGCCCUCUGGGCCGAGUUCCUCGUUGACUUCGGAUUCGCGUUCGCGUUCGGCAUCGUCUUCCAGUACUUCUCUAUCGCGCCCAUGGAGGGCAAGUACGGUCCGCAAAUCAUCUACCGCGCCUUGAAAGCUGAUGCGCUUUCGCUCCUGUUCUUCGAGAUCGGUCUGUUUGGCUGGAUGGCCAUUUUCCAGGUCGCUAUCUUCAACUGGAAUUUGCCCAUGAACACGGUGACUUACUGGUGGAUGAUGCAGAUCGGAAUGUUUCUGGGCCACUGGACGGGUGUUCCGAUCAAUUGGUGGCUCAUCAAGACGGGGGUGAAGGUGCCGUGCGCCUAA